GAGAGAGAGAGGGGGAGAGAGGGAGGAAAAUAAGAGCCAUCAGUCUCAUCUAUCUGACUCUCAUACUACUGGAUAUUAUUAUUUUUUUUGGGGGGGGGAACUCUUUAUUUCCUUCAUCUUAUAUUUUCCACUCAUAUUAAAUCACGAGUUGUAGUUUUUUUUUCUAUCUUGGAGACUGUUCGCAUCGACUACUGCUUCUAAUCCUCUUUCUCUACUCACUGCAUGGGACUACACAGCCAUCCGCGAGUCAAUCUGCUUUCAGCACAUUUAAAUUUGCUUUUUGCCCCUUGGACUAAACAGUCUCCGAUCGAUCCAGCGCGUGGACCCGAGCGAGAGUUGUGUGACCGUUUUUAUCUCCGCAAAACUCCAACGGGGCUUCUUCCCCCGCCGCGAGCUCCAGGAUCCCGCCUGUCCGUCUAUGUGCGUUUCGUUAGUGCAGAUCUUGGUCUAAAGAGGUGACAGCAGCUCGUGAAGGCUCAGCCAGUCCGAGAGGAUGCAUUAGACUCGGGAAGCAUGGUGCCAUUUUGAAGACAAGUCCCCCCUUCUUUCUUUUCUUUUUUUUUUUUUUUUCUUUUUUUUUUUGUACACAUUUUCUUCAUGGGACGGCCAGACACGCGGGACAUCAGGUGGAGAUUUUGAAGCGUCACCUGUCCGCGCACCUUUUGACGGCGCGCCUGUCAAUUAGUGCCACUAAUUGGAUUAUUUUGAUCAUCUUGAACUUCCAGUCUGCAGGUUUCUCCACCUCCUCUCCUCGCCUCCCACCUCUUCCUCCCCCUGAAGUUAUGUCAAGGCCUCUCACUCAGCUCUUACCUCCGGAUCUUCCUGCUGGGGCCACCAGCCCCCAAUUUGGGGCCAGCAACCCGGCUGGAAGUGCCCCCCAAGGUGGACAUCUGACCUCCAUGACCAACCUGAAGACCCUGCUUCAGCUGCCAAUCAAGGCCGACCAGAGAGGCCCCAAGGACUGCUGCGAGAUGAAAGACAAAGACAAGCCUGUGGACUCCGAUGAAGACUCACAGCCGCAGGGUGUCAGUAGCGCAGGCCCUGGAGGGCCCGCCGGGGUCGGCGGGGCGCCUGGGCCCGGCGUGUUGCGGCCCAACUCAGCGUUCCUGGGUCCACUGCUGUGGGAGAGGACCCUGCCGUGUGACGGGGGCUUGUUCCAGCUGCAGUACAUGGACCUGGAGGAGUUUCUGACCGAAAAUGGAAUGGGGAUGCACGGAAACGGGCCCAGCUCCACCAGCGCCCAGAUCCCCUCCCAGGUAAGACUGAUCUCCCAGUCGGCGGUGCCCAACCAGAGCUCCCAGUGCCCCCCCAGCUCCCCUCCGCCCUGCUCCUCCUCUUCCUCCUCCUCCAUGUCUUCUUCGUCCUCCUCUUCCUCGCUGCUGGGACUGGAGACCGUCCAGCCACAACCACCGCCGCCACUGCCACUUCAGCAGCAGCCGCAAGGCAUUAUGGGAGGACCUGAGUGUCUACAUGGGGGACGGGCGGUGCCUCAGGACCAGUCACCCACUUCGACCUGCCCUCCAGGACCCUCCGGACCUCCGCCGGCCGUCAACGGCAGCAGCGACGUCAUGGUGAACUUUGACCCCGACCCGGCGGACCUGGCGCUGUCCAGCGUGCCGGGCCAGGAGGCGUUUGACCCGCGGCGGCACCGCUUCUCCGACGAGGAGCUGAAACCUCAGCCGAUGAUCAAGAAGGCCCGCAAGAUGCUGGUCCCCAAUGAGCAGAAGGACGACAAGUACUGGAGCCGGCGUGUCAAGAACAACGAGGCGGCGAAGCGCUCGCGGGACGCCCGGCGGCUGAAGGAGAACCAGAUCUCCGUGCGCGCCGCCUUCUUGGAGCGGGAGAACGCCGCCCUUCGCCAGGAGGUGGCCGACAUGAGGAAAGAGCUGGGCCGCUGCAGGAACAUCCUCAACAAGUACGAGAGUCGACACGGAGACUUGUGAGGCGGCGGCGGAGGAGGAGGAGGAGGAGGAGGAGGAGGAGGAGGAAGAAGAAGGAGACGCGGGAGGAAGGGGCGGGAGGGCAGGAGGAAAUGAGGAAAAAGGGUACAAGGCAAACCCACCAACAGCAGCACUUUAGUUGAAGUGGCGAGGGGGGGGGAAGGCCGGCGUAGAUCUGCACCAAGCAAUGUGCGACACCGGGCGCAAACACGA